GUGGUAACCCGAGCUCCCUUACAGUAUUGGCAAGUGCACCAAUAACAUGGUAGUGCUUAAAAGGUGGCCUUGGGCAAUGGAUCUGGGGACUCAGCAGUUUUUUAUUUGCAGCCUGAAUUAUUGAUGGAGCAUGAGUGAAAAAGCCUUGGUUUUUCUGGCUCAUCAGCUCCAGACCUGUAUCCAGUGACUGCAUGCCUGUCUCAAAGAAAUAGGAGCGAAGGUCCAGAUGGAGGGGACAGAGUAUCAAGGGCUGUGUCAGUACGCCCAGAAAAUUACAUCUUGCUUCGGUGUGGACGUGGCACAUGCACAGGACACACACCACCACACAGAAAAACCAGUUAUCCACUGUAGCAAAUGUGGAGAACCAUGCAAAGGAGAGGUGCUGCGAGUCCAGUCGAAACACUUCCAUAUCAAAUGUUUCACCUGCAAAGUCUGUGGCUGUGACUUGGCACAAGGUGGCUUCUUUAUGAAGAAUGGCGACUAUCUAUGCACUUUGGAUUAUCAGUGCAUGCAUGGGACCCGGUGCAAUGGCUGCGGGGAUUUUGUAGAAGGAGAAGUUGUCACCGCCUUGGGAAAGACGUACCAUCCAGCUUGCUUCGUUUGUACCAUUUGCAAACGACCAUUUCCAGCAGGGGACCGAGUCACCUUCAAUGGGAGAGACUGUCUUUGCCAGCGCUGUGUUCAACCAAUGUCUUCCAGUCCCAAAGAUAUCAGCAGUUCCAGCAAUUGUGCAGGCUGUGGCAGAGACAUCAAGAAUGGUCAGGCGCUCUUGGCUCUUGACAGACAAUGGCAUCUGGGGUGCUUCAAAUGCAAGGUCUGCAACAAGGUGCUCACGGGAGAGUACAUCAGCAAAGAUGGAGCACCAUACUGUGAAAAGGACUAUCAGAUACACUUUGGGGUCAAGUGUGAAGCAUGCCAUCAGUUUAUCACUGGAAAGGUAUUAGAGGCUGGAGACAAGCAUUAUCAUCCAAGUUGUGCACGAUGCAGCAGGUGCAACCAAAUGUUUACAGAAGGAGAGGAAAUGUACCUUCAAGGAUCAACUGUUUGGCAUCCAGACUGUAAGCAUUCAACCAGAAGUGAAGAAAAGCACAGGCUCUUACCUCCUGCAGUAAUGAGUCUCAACAAAACAGAAAGGCAGCCCACAAGAUCUUCUUCCGAAAGCAUUUCUUCCAGACCUGGUUCAAGCAUACCUGGCUCACCGGGUCACACAAUCUAUGCAAAAGUAGACAAUGAGAUCCUUGAUUAUAAGGACUUAGCUGCAAUUCCCAAAGUCAAGGCAAUUUAUGACAUUGAGCGCCCAGAUUUGAUUACCUAUGAACCUUAUUACUCCACCAACUACGAGGACAGACAGGAAAGGCAGAGUUUGGGAGAGCCACAGACUCCUGGAAGCAGCACUUCUCCUUUGCAGGACAGUCAUCCUCAGCAGCCUAAACACGACUGGUCCCCAGUGCAGGACGAUCUCUCUCCACGAACCCUUUCACCAACGCCAUCUGCUGAAGGCUACCACGACAUGCGGGACCGAAUGAUUCACAGAUCUACCAGUCAAGGAUCAAUUAGCUCUCCAAUCUACAACAGACACAGUUACACCCCUACUAUGUCACGUUCACCACAGCAUUUCCACAGGCCAGAGCUGCUCUCUACUGGUGUGCAGCGUUUGCCCUACCUGCGCACUAGCAGUUUCAGCUCGAAUCACAAUGACUCCCGCCCUUCCUCCCCAUUCCGACACCACUUCAUUCCCCAUAAUAAAGGCAAUGAGCCGUCCAGCGGUCGGAAUUCCCCUCUCCCCUUUCGACCCGACAGCCGCCCACUCACUCCAACUUAUGCUCUGACCCCUAAACAUUUCCAUGUACCAGACCAAGGCAUCAACAUCUAUAGAAAGCCACCCAUUUAUAAACAACAUGAUUCAGCUGCCCUGGCAGUGCAAAGCAAGUCUACAGAAGAUAUCAUCAAGUCUGCCAAGUUCCCAGCAGCCCACGCUCCAAACCCUGAAGACACACCAAAGAUUGAGACAGACUACUGGCCUUGCCCUCCCUCACUUGCUGCCAUAGGAUCAGAUUCACGGCGCAGGUCACGAGAAGAAGAAGAGGAAGAAAUACAAAAACGCAGACAGAUUCAAGAGGAACACCUCAACAAGAUCCAGUCGGGCUUAGGUAAAUUAAUUUUAAAGGAAGAAAUGGAAAAAGAGAUGAAUCGAGACAGAUACUCAAGGAGUCUUUCUUCUCAUCGCUGUGAUGUCACAUAUGCUAACUCCUACAAGUCAGAUCUCAAUGCCUCUACAUCCAAAACAUCUUCACUUCCUGGAUAUGGAAGAAAUGGGCUGCACAGGCCACAGUCAACAGAUUUCACUCAGUACAACAGCUAUGGGGAUGUGAGCGGAGGUCUCAGAGAUUUUCAGCCUAUCCAGGAUGGACAUGUACCCGUUGCCAGGAUGGACAGAGGAGUGUCAAUGCCCAAUAUGUUGGAGCCCAAAGUAUAUCCAUAUGAAAUGCUUAUGGUCACCAACAGGGGGCGAGCCAAACUGCCAAGAGAUGUGGAUCGAACUAGACUGGAGAGACAUUUGGCUCCAGAUGUUUUCUUUGAUAUUUUUGGAAUGACAAUCCAGGAAUUUGACAGGUUACCUCUCUGGAAACGCAACGAAAUGAAGAAAAAGGCAAAACUCUUCUAAACAAUUCAGUGCAUGUCUUAUUUAUGAGCAAAACAAUACUAUCACUAGAAUAUUGUUAUAUACAUGUAGAAUUUUUUGUGGCAACUUAAAUGAAGCAAAAACCAAUAUAAAUAUAUAUUAUUAAGUCAAUCUGCUUGGCUUUCAUCUAAACAGAGGGGCACCCUCAUUUGCAAACAUCAUAAUUAGCAAUGAGGAAACACACAUCAUUUAUUCCAAGAAACAAUACAUAUGAUCUUUCAUUUGUGUGCUGUUAUAUGUAAAGGCUUUGAAUGGAAAUGGCUUCUUUUUAUUCCUUUUAUUUCUACUUCAUAUUGUAACUGCCCUUAUAAAGCUGAACUUUACUGGUAGAACCUCAUGAACAUUUUGAAGCUAAUAAUGUGUAAAAUAAUAUAGCUGUUCAGAAAGGUAUGUCUGACAGCUAUUAAAAAUUAACAUUCAUGUUAUAUAUAAGUGCUUUACAGAAAAAAAAUAGGAGAAUUAAAAAUAAGUGUAUUAUUUAAUACCAUUUUGCCUACCGGUAUUUGGUUACUUGAAUUGCAUAUGUCCCUGGAAUUAAAGGCCACGUCCCACAAAAUAGAAUCUAAUACUUUUUUCUCACUGGAGAACAGAAUCUAGUGCCAUUUAACAUUACUAAGUAAAAAACAUAGUAAUAUAUUGCAGCAUAAGGUUUACUUUUAUAUGGAACUAUAUUUAAGAUAAUACAAGAGUUUUUAAAAAUUUUUUUUAAAAAUUGUGAAUAUUAAUUAAUAGCAUACUCAGUAGCUUUUCAAAUAAGUCUACAUGCCACAUGGUGGUGCAGUGGUGCCAGUCUGUAACCUGGCUUUACAAUUCAUGUAACUACACGCAGAAUAUUUCGUGUUUUAUAAGAGGUUGUCUGGGACCAUUUGUAAUAAUAAUGAAAAAUCUACAGUCAUACUUGUAUUUUUCAGUCUCGAGCCUUGUUUGAACUUCAGAUCUAAAAGUGUCAUUCAGGUAUAUUAAAAAAAAAAAAACAUAAACUGUAUUUCAAGCAGGGUUACAGGGAGCCAAAGUGUAUCCUAGCAAACGGCCCUAGAUGAGCCACUGUCCCUUCACAGGGCACAGUCAGUUUAAUGUAAUCUCUUUGGAUUAUGCAAGGAACAAUUCAUUAAGACUUUUUUAGUGCCCACUUAUCUACUGUGUAAAGUGCAAGACAUGAACUAACCCUAAAUGGGAUGCUAGUCCAUCACAGGGCAAGCAUUUGUUCACUUACUCACAUCAGGGCCAUUUUAUUGUGCAUGUUUUUAGGGUGUGGGAGGAGCCAUCCAUUCAUUUUUCUGACACUGCUGUACAGUAGUAUAGGAUAAAGAGGAUAUUCCAGCCACAUCAUGUGCCACACAUACUGUAAAACAGCCCCACUCAGAAUGCCAACAGGGUCACACAUAUUAAUGUACCAACACACCAGUCACCCCACAUACUCAGGAUAAUAUAGAACCACCAAGCAAGCUGAAAAGUCAAUAUGGCACAUGUUAAAAAUGUUGUGCCAUUAGUACUACCAAGGUGAUCACUUUGUUUAGAAGAAGGCAAUAGAAAAUUAGUAACAUGAUAAUUACUGACCCUCCCCACAUCUACCACUAAAAGAGUGUCUACCAGUAAAGGGCAUCUAAAGAUACUGGUUUUGUGUGUUUUUAUUUUAUUUUUUUGUAAGUAAAAAUUAUAGGGAGUUUGCUAUGUCAUUUUGUUUUAUAAACUGUAUUUUUGUAUAAAAAAGACUUUACAAGAUUAACAGUGCUACUGAAAUGUUUUAUUUUUAUUCUUUUCUGCCCAGCACUGUGAAAGCAUGGUUUGUGAAAAUGACUUUGUAGCUAGAUUGCAAAUCCAGUUGUGUUUUCAAUCUUGUCUUGCUUCAAAACUCUGUUCAUUGUGUGUUAUCUAACUGUAAAUGGGUGGGAGGGAGGGUGGGUGGGAUGGGGUUUGUAAAGCUGCUGUAUAUAUACAAUAUAAAAUGAAGUUUGAUUGGCUGCCAGAAAACUUCAAAAUGAAAUGAUGGACGCCCACAAAAGUAACUUUUCAGCCAAUUCCUCCCUUUUUAUGUGACUUCUUAUAUGUCAAAAAAACAAAAAAAAAAGAACAGAAGAAUUACGAAAUGCAUCCAGAAGCCAAGGAGCUAAAUUUAGUCUUUGCAUGGACAUGGUAGGUAGGAAUUUGGAGUGCUGGUAUAAUAAUUUUACUUUGGAAAUGUAUAGAACCACUUCUCUUACUGAAGGGAUUUGCUAUUUUUUCUCUAUUUGUGAGUUGUGAUCAUACUUUAAUUAUUAUAUUUCUUUUUCAAUUCAUGUUAUGGACAGUAUGCUUACUGCUUUCAGGAUACAUUUAUCUAAGGUGCUAUCCAGCUCUGCUUUCUGUGGGCACAGAAAUGAAAGAGAGCUUUUCGAUAUUGAGCAUUUUAACUUUUUCAAAUGAUGGGUUUUACCAGAGUGUGUCCAAAUGGUGCAAUCUUAUCUUGCAGAACCGUUCUGUUGAUUGGAAAAUGCACAUUAAUUCCAUACAGAGUGGGAAAAGGAAUUUAGGAAAAGGGUUUAUGGAAAUUUAGUGCAUAUCCAACAGACCAGUGCCUUAGGCUAGUCCCAACACAGAAGAUGUUGCUUAUGCUUCAUUUGAACAUUUAUGUUCUAAUUUCUCUCUGCAAAGACAACUUCCUUCUUCACGCACUGCCACCAGGUCAUUCGAAUUAAAACACAAAACGAGAGGUUAGUGUGAGCCUGUUUUGCAGCAUACAGGAACUGGAGCAAAGCUAAUGACCGUUUUGGGCCAGGUGGUUUUUUUCUUACUUCUGUGUAUUUUUUAAAAUGAUGUCAACUUUACUUCAUAUGUUUCUGUCUUGAAGGAUCAAGUAGUGACCUGUAGGUCAUGCUUGAAAUUAUCCCUUUUGCAGUACCAUUGAUUUGAUUAUGCAUUUGAAAUGUAGGCAGCCAACAAGUGGCAACAACUCUCGUGGUCUAUUUUCAGAGGGCAUAUAUAUUCAAAUAUCGGCAUUUUCACUUCCCCUGAAACGCCGGCUGCUAUGUUUCACUUUGCAAAAUAAUCAUUCAGCAGCUAUGGACAGCGCUGAUAGGGAACCAGUUGCUGGAGUAUCAUUUUUUCAAUUAGUAUAUUGAGCAGAGCAUCUAUGGUAAAAAUAAGCAAUAAAACAAAGUGGAAGAUACUAUUACAAUGUAAUGUUCUGUUUGUUUAUCAUUUCGUCCUUCCCACAUUGUCAUAGCUUGUGAACAGCAGUGUAGGCUUAGGUAAAGUUAAAAGGUUUAGGUCAAUGCAAGUUGCCCCGUCUUACCCAAAGACAUUAACCUGCAAAUGUCUCAGGCCAGCAGUCCACUGAAAUGCCACUGUAUUUCAAAACAAAGCUGACACUCCUGCCAGCAAAGGAAUAACACUGUCCCAACUGACUAUAUUUAUUACUGUAAAUGCCAAGCACCUUGUAUUAUGUAAAUUGAGACUGAAAUUUUGUGAACUGGAAUAUUACUAACAUUCAUUUGACUUGAAUCCAUUUAAACUGGAACAUUUUGGAUUCUUUGUUUCCUUCUUUCUCUCUUUUAUUCCAAAGCAAAUAAAACAACAGCAACUUUGGCAAUUGAAUAAAAUGUGUGCUUGUUUGUUUGCCUCAAUGUUACAAAUCAACAUGUGUCCAAUUUCUGAUUGAUUUCUUGAUCGUAAGGUUUAUGAAACAUGUUUAAAAAUGAAGAGCCUGUGCAGGUUUUUACAUUAAAUGUAAUAUUCAGAA